ACCUCACUCUGACCAUCCCAACCCAUCCCAUCCUUGUCUCUCUCUCUCUACUCAAAGUCCAACCUACUUCUCCUCUACGCAGCUCACACUGUGUGUUAGUGUGUGUGUUGUUUUCAGCUCGAAAUUCUUAAGGGACCUUAUCUGUCUCCUAAAAUGGUGGCCAAGGCUGACAAAACUGGCGCCGGAGACCCCUCCCCCAUUCACCAAUCAUCUCGGAGAAAAGGCUUCAACAAACCAUCUUGGCUUCUUUGUGCCAUUGCUGAUAUGGACGAGAGGAUGAAGAUGCUGACAAGGAAAACUAAUAAAGGAAAGAGUCCUGAUAGUUUUUCUGAAAGGGCUAAUUCUUACUACCACGAGCGCCCUCAGCUUCUGGCGCUGCUUGAUGACUUGUACAACGGCUACCUCUCGUUGGCAGACCGUUACUGCCAGGUACUUGCCAAGAACCAGCAGCAGCAGAAGCAGAAGCUCCACAGUCGAUCCCCUUCCCCUAAUCUGCGUGCCAAAUUUGAAGAUGCGGCUCAGACGGAUGAAAGGGACACUGGAGAAGUCAUUGAUUCUGAUGCUGAGAGCUCACUGUCUUUCCAGCCUCCAACUCUGCCACCUGUUGAAACAAAAGAGGUUGAUGCUGAUAUGAUUGUUGCUGACUUGAUCAUGAAGACGGUGGAGUAUGACAUUGUUCAGAAUGAGCUGACUGUGGUGGAGAAGAGGUGGAGUGAGUCGUCAAGGAAGAUGGAUCUGCAGAAGAACUUGUUGGAUGUGCUGGAGUCAGAGAGGUUGAUUUUGCUGAAUGACAACACGACACUGGGUUACAGAGUGUCUGCAUUGGCAGAAGAGAACAAAGGGCUGGCCUCUGAAUCUAUGUUCUUGAAGAGGAAGGCGGCCGAGCUAGCUAGGUGUGUCUUGAAGACAAGGGAGGAUCACAGGGUUUGCAUGCUGAGUCGGAAGAUUGAGGAUCUUCAGGGGCAGAUUCACGGGUUGGAGAAGAGGAAUAAGGAAUAUUACGAGCAACUUGUGAAACAAGAAGAGAAGAGCAUCUCUAAAGGGUUGAAGAGUAAAGGUGGAGAAGAGGUCAACUUGGAAGAGUGCUUCCAAGUAGGAGGUGGUGGUGUUGGAGCUAUCAGACUGAGUAAAUGCUUUAGCUUCAACGUCAAGAAAACAGGCGAUCAGCAUGCAAAAGGAGAUCUGAAAGCAGUUGGAGAUCUAGAUGGCAGAAAGGCUUCCAAGUUGUGGGAUAAGGUCAAGAAGUUUGAUUUGUUCCAGUGUGGUUCUCACUUUGACGCUGCUACUACCACCUGAGACAUGAAAAGGGCAACAAUCCCUAUCCAAACAAUAGUAUAGCACUUGCUACUUAAUAUCAUAUAUAUAUAUAUGUAGUAUUAGAAUUUCUGCUCUGGAAUAUGCAAGAAAUGAAGUGACUUCUUUAUUGA